AUGGCAAAUAAUAUGGAUGAAAGUGAAACAAAAAAUCCAAAUGAAACAGUAAAUGGAAAAGGAACAAAUAGUCUUUUAUCUACAUUUAAUCGUAAACGUCGUCAUACAUUUGAUGUUGAUUUAAAAGUUGAACGUGUACUUUCUCUUCCAUAUGCAAGUGGAAAAUUUUUUUUCAAAAUUCGUCUUCUUAAUGGUGGAAAUCAUAUUUAUACAUGUCAUGAACGAUUUGAAGUUCAUGAAAAUAAAGUUGAAUUUAAUAUCGGUGAUCAUUUUCAAGUCAAAAUGACAUCACGUAUUGAUAAUUUUACACUUGAUCACUGUUAUUGUCGAAUUUCAAUUCGAAAAGAAGGACGUGCUGGUCAUUCAUAUGAAAAAAUAGGUUAUUAUGAUUUGGAUUUAGCAUCCGUUGCUGGAACUGGUGAUGAAUCAAAAGCAUGUUUACUUAAUGGUUAUAAACAAACGAAUAGUAGUCCAUCGAAUGCUUAUCUUGAAAUAAGAAUGAAAGUAACUGUUCUUGAAGGUGAUCAUAUUUUUCGAAGACCAGAUAAUGAUCAUCCAUAUAUAAAAAUUGAACAAACUCCAUCGAAUAAAAAAAUCCAUGAACCAUUUCCAGAUGAAUGUUCAUCAACAAUGACCGGAUCUGCUGGUGAACUUUAUCCUCCAUUGACCACAAAUUCCAAUCGAGGUCAUUCUCGUCAAGCAAGUAAAAGUAGUAUGUGUUCAAAUUAUUCAACAACUAGUAUCAAUAGUACAAAUAAUUCAAAUCCUCCGGAUAAAAAUCAUUUAAGACAUAUUUUAUACGGGUCUCAUCAUUUUCACAAUGUUCAUUCUGAUCCGAAUAUGCUUUCUAAUUGCAGACAAGGCAGUGACGAAGAGAGUCAUUAUCAAUCACAACGACGUUUAAUUAAUAAAAGAAGAACUCCAUGUAUUGAUCAAUUUGGAGAUAUUCAACGACGAUUACAUUCAACUAGAGUUGAUGCAAACGAAAUAGUCAAUAGUGUACUUAAUAAUACUGCAAAAACAGUAGAAAAUCCAAAUGGUUAUUUAUGUUUAAUGUAUAAUGAAGAUGGAACAGCACAUGUUGGUUCAUCGUCAUCAGCAUCUCUUUUUGUAUCUACUUAA